AUGACUAGCGGCAAGAUCAUUCUCGCGGUUGCCCGGCUCUGGAAUCUGCGGAAGUUCAACGUGGCGAACGCCGGCGAGACGUGCCUGCGGCUCAUUAAAAGCCUUUACGGGCUCAAGCAGGCCGGCCGACUGUGGAACCAGUUACUCGACCAAACGCUGAAUGACGCCGUUUUCUCACAGUCAGUCACGGAAGCAUGCGUAUACGUGAAGACAACAGCCGAAGGAACGACAGUAGUAAGAGUGUAUGUCGACGACCUGCUUGCAACCGCGACGAGCGACGAGCUGCUCGACGCGUUUGGCGCGGCGAUUCAGAUCCUGGAGCUCAAGUGCCUCGGGAGCGUCAAGAACUUUCUGGGCAUGCGCAUCGGGUACGACGACUUGCACGGGUACAACGUCGACCAAGAGUAA